AUGAGCAACUCAACAGUCAUCAAACAAAACUCUUCCGAACUAUCACAACGCAGUGAUAUUUACUCUCAUACAGCAAAAGUGCCCGGCUUGAUCUUUUGUUCCGGUCAAGUUCCUGCUGAUGGCCAAGGAAAGAUUGUUGAAGGUGAUGUGAAGCAACAUUGCGCUCAAUGUAUCAACAAUCUCGAAAAAGCUCUCAAGAAUGCUGGUUCAAGCUUGGAUCAUUUAGUCAAAGUGAACAUUUACCUCAAGAACAUGGACGAUUUCGCUGCUAUCAACUCUGUCUAUGAGCAAAUGAUCCCAUCACCAAAACCAGCACGAACAUGCAUCCAAGCAGGAAAGCUACCUCUUGAUGUUGACAUCGAAAUUGAAGCUAUCGCUUCUUACGCUCAAUAA